AUGUCUUCCAAUUCCAACGUCCCCAACGAGCUCGCGCAGCUCCGCACGGCGAAUGAGUCAUUUGGCGCCGAAUACCAGCGCGUCCGAUCCGAGAACCAAACGCUGCGCGCCGAGCUGAAGGUGAAGGACGACAUUAUCAAAGCAAGGGACGCCACCACCAAGGAGAAAGACGUGCAGAUGCAGACGAAGAACGCGCUGAUCAAGAACAAAGACGAGCAGAUUGAGAAGCUGGAGAAGAUGGAGAAGACGUAUGCGAAGAUGGAGGGGGAGGUUGAGAAACAUCGCAAGACGGUGGAUGAGAAGAUGGAGGAGUUGGAGAAAGUGUUUGAGCAGCUGGAUGGAGAAUAGGGGGGCAUGUGGUGGGCAUAAUGAGGUAUACGGGUAUAAGUUUGAGAGGUGAACCGUCAAGGCAUACUUCCGGUGUGAGCGUGGUAAUUACGUAUAGCGAUACGGCAGGAAUUCUGGUAGGCUAUUGCCGAUAGCGGGACAACACAUAGCAUUUAGAG